GGGUCUUGGCAGGUAUGAUGUUUGGUUUGGUCUUUUUUAACAACAUCUUCUCACAGUCACAGAGACAGAGAGACAGACACAACAGACACGUUCACACUAAUAACAUAACUGAUAAUUAGCCCCUUAUCAGUUAAAGCUAAAUAGAACCUCAAAAUCGACAAAAGACGUGGUUCAUGUCUUCAUGUUAUCUGACUUUUUUCCAUCUCUCUCUCUCUCUUCCAUGCUUCUUUCCCAUUACAUAACUCUUUCUCUCUCUCUGUGAUCUUAUCUCCUUUUAAUUAUUCACUCACCCCUUUACACUGGUUGAUGCAAAAAAACAUGGUACCCUCUAUUGUUGGUUGUUGCUGACACUCUUCAUAGUCGCAAAGUAGGUGACUAGCAGUAGCAUGUGAGUGAAGGAGCCUGCAGUUUUUUUUUAUCGUACUGUACUAUGUUUGUUAUGUAAUGGUAUCAUGGUAAGCUGACCAAAGUGACGGAUUUGUUCCAUCACUGCCUUCAGGGAAAGAAGUUAACUCAUAGCAGGUCCAUACAAACAUGAUGACUCCAAACUUGAACUUGGAACCUGAAAAUCAUUCAGAAGGCAGCAGCCAAGUGGCUUCAAAUGUAUCCUUUCAUGAAGCAUCUCAUGAUCUUAAAAAGGGCAGCACCACCACUUCCUCCUGUCUCACAAAGGAUGAAACUGAUCCAGGUUCUAUUACCCUUGACUUGACACUCAACUUUAAUUCCGGUGAUGGCGAGUUGAAAGGCUCAAGUGAUGCUAGCAGUGAAGUUGGAGCUGAAGCUCCUGCUUCAGCAUCAGCAACUCCAAGGGUUUUUUCUUGUAACUACUGCAGGAGGAAGUUCUAUAGCUCUCAGGCAUUAGGUGGUCAUCAAAAUGCUCACAAAAGGGAGAGGACAAUGGCUAAGCGUGCAAUGCGAAUGGGGAUGUUCACUGAGAGGUAUACAAGCUUGGCAUCUCUACCUCUUCAUGGUUCACCUUUCAGGUCUCUUGGCCUUGAAGCUCAUUCUGCAAUGCACCGAAGACACGUGCCGUCCUCCGCGGCAGCACUGAGGGCUCCUGAUAUGAGAGCUGCUGCAAAAUUUGAGAGAAACCAAUUUGGAUCACUGGUUUUCGUGGAAGAUGAUGAUGUUGGAUUCUUUUGGCCUGGCAGUUUCAGACAGGUAGACCAACAAGGAGCUGGUGUUAAUGUAGGACAUGCUCAAAGUUCAAAUGCUAGUUUAAUUCCAAUGGUGCCUCCUCCACCACAAGCUUCUACAUCUCCUGAUCUCACAUUGAAGCUUUAAGUUUAAGGCUUAAGAAUGAUGAUACAUACACAAGCAAAGGCCUCACAAAGUAAUAAAUAAGUGGCUAAGAACUGACUCAUCCAUUGCUUUGCAUUCAGCCAAAAUUUUCUCAACCACUCAUUUUCAUUGUGAGGGAUUUAAUUAUCAGAGUUUUUAUGUGUGUAUGUAUCACUUCUCUUGAGAUUUUUUAGUCUUUGAUUUCAUUCUCUUCAGACAUGAAAUUAUUAAUUAAUAGGGCGUGCAUUGUACAGUGAGAUGUGUAUUUCCAAUGGCGAUUUUAGCUUAUUUUAAUCUCACAUGUUAUUAAUGGUUUCCUCUCAUAUGUAUUUUACUUCGUUAUUCAUGAACCAUGAUACAGCGUUCAGGAUAAUGGACUAAUGUUUUAUAUCUAAAAAAAUGUGUUUGUGAUGCA